AUAGUGCGUAGAGCACGGGAAAUCUGCGUACAAAUCCAGGCUGGUGUUAGUUGGGUGACGGGGGGCGAGUCCCUUAACUCCGUUUGCCUCAGUUUGCUCCUCCAAAGACUGGAAAAGGAAAUGGCAAACCACUCCGGUGCCCCGACUGCCUCAGUUUCCUGAUCUGUUAAGUAAGCUGGAGAAGGAAAUGGGACAAACCGCUCCGGUUACCUCUGUCAAGACAAGCCCAAGUGGGGUCCCGAGAAUGGGACAGGAAGGACAACGCCCGAACGUCAACCCGGGGUAGUCCCUGCCCUCAGGGAGCUUCCGCUCUAAAGGGCAGCCUAGCGGGCGGAUGGGUGGGCGAGGCUGGAGGGACGGGGGCGUUGGCCCCGUACUGUUCCCAGCCUCCGCCCCAGGGCCACAGCUGGGAAAGGCGGGGAGAAGAAGGGGCUUGGGCAGGCGAAGGGAGCGCGCGGGCGUGCCUCCGGAGGCGGCCCCGGCGUGCGUACGUACGCGCUCGCGCGGAGGCCAGGCGGCUCCGUGACGCGGGUCGGAGCCUUGUCCCCGGGCCCCGGGCCUGCCAAUCGGGAGCGUGUGGAGCGGGAUCCGGAGCGGUGGGAGAGCGAGGAGGAGGAGGAGAAGCCACGAUGGAAGUAAAGGAUGCUAAUGCUGCUCUUCUCAGCAAUUAUGAGGUGUUCCAGCUACUCACCGACCUCAAAGAGCAGAGGAAGGAGAGUGGCAAGAACAAGCACAGCUCCGGGCAGCAGAGCCUGAACACCAUCAUGUAUGAGACCAUGAAGUACUUGUGCAAAACCCCCUGCAGGCACCAGAGCCCCGACAUCCUCCGCGAGUUCCUCAUCGCCAUGAAGAGCCACAAGUUAACCAAGGCAGAAAAACUCCAGCUGCUGAAUCACAGGCCUAUGACCGCUGUGGAGAUCCAGCUGAUGGUAGAAGAAAGUGAGGAAAGAUUGACAGAAGAGCAGAUCGAGGAUCUCCUGCAGACCGUGACCAGCAUCCUCCCUGGGGACCCCGAGGCGGAGCAGAAGACGGAGAACAUGGCGGUGGAGGAAGGGGACCCCGAGUAGCCACGAGCCCCUGGAUUGGCUUCCAGCCAGAGAGGGCUGAGAAUCUAAAAGGCAUUCGAGACGGUUUGGUCUCAGCCCAGGAUGCUUUGUCAGCGCUAGAAGCCCCCUCCCUGCCGACCAGAAAUGAAGCAGCCACGAAGCAGUCACUCGGGGACGGUUCCUGGGGAGGGAAGCAAUCCAGGACGUCCAGCCCACAGGGAAGGGUGGGAGGCAGCCCCUGAACCCUCUGGGUCCAAAGUUCUUUUCCCGGGCUCCUGCCCUCCUCCGUGCUCUCACGUGUCCCUCCCCGACGAGCUGUGGAGGGGAGCUCUGUGACUGUUCUGCGAGAGAACCAGCAAGAAGGAAAGAAUGGGAUCUUUUAGAAGGAACACGUUCUUCCUAGUGGGUGCCAGCCAAAUGAAUCUAGCCGGACUUUGUCUUAAAUUCAUUUAUUAACGCCGCUUGUCUUUGAUCAGGGUGACUUCAGGGGAGGCAGCUGUGGCUUAGUGGGUAGAGAGCUGCCUUCAAAGACCCGAGUUCAAAUCCCGCCUGUGGCAUAUUGGCUCUAUGACCCCCCAGCAGGUUUUUAACCUCUCAAGGCCUUACGUGACUGACUCCCCCUGCCCUCCCCUCCUCUCUCUCCUCUUCAUUAAACUGUGUGCAAUUAGCAUUGAUUAUCUCUCUUCCCCCUUCCAGAAAAGAAAGGAGGAGAGACAGUCUUUGUAACAGAAAUGCCUAGUCAAGCAGAACCGCUUCCUGUGCUGGCCAGUGCCGGAAGUGUGCCUCGUGCUGCCUGGCGAGGCCUCCCCUCUAAAGCGCAGCCGGCUCUCGUCAUCACUCGUCCCAGCCCCCCUGUAUCCAAGAAGAGCAGCCGGAGGCAGCAUCCUGCCCCGGACGUGACGGGAGCAAAGGAGGGAGCGGAGGACCCGCCCCUUUAGAGUCAGAGCAGGCCUCGAGGGCCAUCCAGUGAGGCCUCCUCAUUUCACAGAGAAGGAAGCUACGCCUCACCAGCCACAGGGCAGAGCGGUAAUAGGAGGCGGACCGGAGAUUCGAACCCGGGCCUUUCAUUGCAGGGCUCGCGCACGCGCUUUCUUUUGUCCCGGCGGGUGGGUCAGAGGGGGAAGAGGACAUUCAGCUGAAGACCUGAGGCAGCUGUUGUAGGACUCGGAGCUCGAGGGGUCCCCCGGGCCCAGCCUGGCCCCAGGGAGAAAGGCCUUCCCUCCGUCCUGGACAGAAGCGGGGGGCCGCGGGCACGGCAUGCUGCCCGCGCCGGUCGUGGGUCCUGUGGGGGUAGUUUUGCUCAGUUGCUUUUUUCCCUCUUGAGCAGCGGCUUGCUGGAUGGUGUGUGACAUGGACCUAGCACGGACGAUUAUGUGAAAGCAAAAGAAAUAAACCUUUUUAAUCAUCGGG